AUGUCUCGAAUCAACAAGGCAGACGAUGUUGCACUGCAGUUGGAAGAGGCAGAUACGUUUGGGAACGAAGACGCUGUGAAGCCGGUGUACAUCCCCAACGAUGAGAGCUCCCACAAGAAGACGAAGGCUGAGAGACGGUUCAUCACAAAGUGUGACUUCGUCAUCGUGCCGUUGGGGGCACUGCUCUACUUCGUCGCAUACGUCGACCGCAACAGUAUUGGAAACGCCCGCGUACUUGGCACUGGCAUGCAGAAUGAUCUUGGACUAUCCGGCGAUCAAUGGAAAAAUUGCCUCUCGAUGUUCUUUGUGGGUUACAUCAUCUUCAUGUUACCCGGUAACAUCCUUAUCAAGGUCUUGCGACCCAACCGCCAUCUGGGCGGCACAGCUCUCCUGUUUGGCGCUCUACUUGCUGCCAUGUCAGCAGCGUCCAACUACGCAACUGUAGUUGCGUUGCGUCUUCUGAUCGGCGCCGCUCAGGCAUUUCUGCAAGGUAUCUCGAUCUACUGCUCGCUCUGGUACAAAAGAGACGAGUUCGCGACCAGACUCGCUUUCGUCUACUGGGCAGCAACGAUCUCUGGGGCUUUCAGCGGUCUCAUUGCAUAUGCUGUGGGAGAUUCCUUACGAUUGGAAAACACUGGCAGAGACUCUUGGAGAUGGCUCUUCAUCAUCGAGGGAUCUAUGGCCAUGUUUGUUGGUAUUCUGGUUUGGUUAAUCCUACCCCCUUCUCCGGAGAGUUUGAAGCAGAAGACUUGGCUGCUCUCCUCAGAAGAAGUCGCGAUAGAGAGUUCGCUAAAUGCUGAUAUUGAAACAGCUUACAACACCCACGAAUCUCGAGUCGAUUGGCGACAGAUUUUAACGACCAUGAAAGAUCCCAAGUCGUGGGUAUUUGCAAGUCUAAAUUGCGGCGUCUCUCUAGGAGUCUCGUCCAUCAGCCUCUUCUUGCCUACCUUCAUUCAUGAACUUGGGUUCUCUGGAGAACGAACUCAGCUCUUCAGUGUCAUCCCUUAUGCUUGCGCUUCAUGCGUAAUUCCCCUGUCUCUUGUAUCCGAUCGCCUCAAUAUCAAAGGCCCAUUCCUCCUGGGCACGAUCCUGGUAACAUGCACCGGAUACAUCAUUCUGCUUUGCGAAGUCUCGGUUGCAGCCAAGAUCGUCGCCUGCUGUAUUGCAGCAAGCGGCUUAUACCCAUCGGUGAUCUUGAUGCAGGCCUGGAUAGUAGGCAAUAUGGCGGGAUACACCAAACGAGCCACGUCCUGGGCGAUGGCGGAAAUCUUCGGCCAGUGCUUUGGUGUUCUGGCUUCUCACGUCUACACGACUCCGCCGAGAUUUAUCAAGGGGCAUGCGAUCGUCCUGGGCCUUCUUCUCUAUGCCGCAGUGAUGACGGUGGCGUUGAUGUGGUGGAUGAUGCGUGCCAACAAGAAGAAGCAGGAGGAGAUCUUGCGAUACGAGAGUGAAGGCAUGGUUCAUCCACACAAGCUGAAGUCGUUGGAGGAAGUGCAGGACUUCCACAUUGACUUCAAAUACAUCAUCUAG